ACUGUCUUUUACGGUGUGCCGAAAUCUUACUUUAAAAGGAGUUUUACUUCUGAAAGAAAAGACGGACGCCCAGAGUGCGUCUGUGGCCGCCGCGCAGCAGUUGUUGACAGUCAUUGGAGGAGACGAAUUGGGUCGGAAUUUACCCAACUCGCUGGCCUUUGAUAUUUUACGUCGGACGUGUGCUUGUCUGCGUUUUUAACAAGCAGCACCAGCAGCUAGCUUGCAAAACCCUGGACAACAAUAACACUUCGUGAUCUGGCGGGUGUGAGUGUGUUGCAUCAUUAACUCCUAAAGACAGCUACCAGCUCAUCAAGACCCCACACGCACGCGAGCAUUUCACGCGCGUCAGCGACCACGUUAGUGAGCCAUGACGCUACUCGGCUAACGCUAGCGUGCUAGCUGCUACCAGCUCAUAGACGGAGACGAAGGAGAGACGCGCCACGCCAUGCUGUGCUGGGGAAAUGCCUCCUAUGGACAGCUAGGCUUGGGGGGAAUCGAUGAAGAGAUUGUUGUUGAGCCACGAAAAUGUGAAUUCUUUCACGGGAAGCAAGUGUGCGAUUUGGGGUGCGGCCACAGGCACACAGCCUACCUGCUGGAGGACGGGACAGUGUACACCUGUGGAUGCAAUGACCUAGGACAGCUGGGACACGAGAAGUCCCGCAAGAAACCAGAGCAGGUCGUGGCUCUGGAUGCACAGAUCAUUGUGGCAGUGUCAUGUGGAGAGUCCCACACACUGGCCCUGAAUGACAAAGGGCAGGUGUUCUCGUGGGGCCUGGGCUCAGAUGGCCAGUUGGGACUACAGAACUUUGAAGAAUGUGUGCGUGUGCCGAGGAAUAUCAAGAGUUUGUCAGAUGUACAAAUUGCUCAGGUAGCUUGUGGCUAUUAUCACUCACAUGCACUUUCAAGAGGUGGCCAAGUCUUCUCCUGGGGCCACAACCGAUAUGGACAACUCGGGCUAGGAAUGAACGGACAGAGUAUUUCCACCCCCCAAAUGAUCCAGUCUCUGCAGGGCAUUCCCUUUGCUCGGAUAUCAGCAGGUGGCGCUCACAGCUUUGCUCUCACUCUCUCGGGGGCGGUGUUCGGCUGGGGGCGCAACAAGUUUGGUCAGCUGGGUCUCAAUGACUGCAAUGAUCGUUUUUUUCCAUCCCUGCUGAAGUCCCUUAGAUCCCAGAGAGUGAUUUACAUCUCCUGUGGAGAAGAUCACACAGCAGCACUUACCAAGGAAGGAGGUGUGUUCACAUUUGGUGCUGGAGGAUACGGACAACUUGGACACAACUCUACAAACCAUGAAAUCAACCCGAGGAAAGUGUUUGAGCUCAUGGGAAAUGUGGUCACGCAGAUUGCAUGUGGAAGGCAGCACACGCUGGCUUUCACACCCUCCGGUGCAAAGAUGGACUCGUUUGGGCUAGCCGGUAACGGGCAGCUUGGCACUCGCUCCACUUGCAACAGAAAGAGUCCGGCCCUCGUCAAAGGCCCCUGGAUGGCUUCCAAGGAUGCAGACUCUGAGCCGUGCUGUUAUGUCAAGAGGAUUUAUGCUGGAGGAGACCAGAGCUUUGCUCAUUACUGCACAAACAAUAAACUGCAGAACAUGGAUGACACGAUGAUGCAAGAUCCCCACAGGAAGAUUUGCACUUUGAAUGAGGAUAUUAUAGACAAGUGGUGUAACUACUCACCAGGGAGACUCCCAAUAGAAAUCUCCAAUGAGAUUGACCUUGUGUUCUCCUCGGCGAGCUGCCUCAACGGAUCUUUUCUGUCCACGAGUCACCCAGAUCACUACAGUACCAGCAGUAAGUGUUCAGGCGUGGAUGUAAACACGGCUCGCAUCCUGUUGCACAAAGUCAUCCAACAGCAUCACCACGAGAUCGCUCAGCAGAUUGCUGCCAGUCUGGAAAAGAACCUUAUUCCCAAACUAAGCAACUCUCCUCCAGACAUUGAAGCCCUGCGACUCUACCUCACACUUCCAGAAUGCCCUCUCUUCAAGGACCGGAAUAAUUACGUGACCAUCGCUAUUCCGUUUGCCAAGUCCCUCCUCAGUCUGAAGGAGGCUCCAUUGAAAGUGCUCGGGAACUGGUGGUCUACAUUUGAGCCCCCCGCCUUCCAGCGUCUGGUCGAGUUGUACAAGGAGGUGGUGGUGUAUCUGCUUCAGAUGCACAAGAUGGGCAUUCCUUCAGUUGAGCAGAGGAUUUUCACCUGCUUCCUGGACACGUCCCUCAAACUCCUGGAGAUCCUGCAAACAGUGAGUGAGAGAGCAGGACACAUCAUUCAGUACGAUAAAUUCUACAUCCACGAGUUGGAUGAGCUGAUCGACAUCAGGAAUGACUACGUCACAUGGAUUCAGAGGCAGAUGUACCCGUUGGGUCAUGAUGGUGUGGUGACUUUGUGCAGGUAUCCCUUUGUGUUCGAUGCCCAAGCAAAGACAACACUGCUUCAGACUGAUGCCGUCAUACAGAUGCAGAUGGCAGUGGACCAGGCACAAAUGCAAAACUUUAGUUCCAUGUUCCUGCCAGCGGUUGAAUCUGUCAACCCGUGCCUCAUACUCAUCGUUCGGAGAGAAAAUAUUGUUGGAGACACCAUGGAAGUCCUCAGGAAGUCAAAGAACGUUGACUACAAGAAACCACUCAAGGUGAUCUUUGUGGGAGAAGAGGCAGUCGAUGCAGGAGGCGUGAGAAAAGAGUUCUUCCUCCUGAUCAUGAAAGAGCUGCUGGAUCCCAAAUAUGGGAUGUUCCGUUACUACGAGGAGUCCAGGCUCAUCUGGUUUUCAAACAAGACCUUUGAGGACAUUGACUUGUUCAACCUCAUUGGGGUCAUCUGUGGCCUGGCCAUUUACAAUCUGACAAUAGUGGAACUCAACUUCCCAGUGGCCCUUUACAAGAAGCUCCUGAAGAGGAAGCCGACACUAGAUGACCUGAAAGAGCUAAUGCCAGAUGUGGGAAGGAGUCUGCAGCAGUUACUGGACUACACAGAAGAUGACCUCGAGGAGACCUUCUGCUUGAACUUCACAAUCACAGAGGAGAACUACGGCGCCACAGAGGUCCUGGAACUAGUGCGGAAUGGCGAAGACAUCUCUGUCAAUAAAUCAAACCGGCAGGAUUUUGUCGCCGCAUACGUAGACUAUGUUUUCAACACAUCAGUGGCCUCGCUCUUUGAGUGCUUCUACGCAGGCUUCCACAAGGUGUGCGGAGGAAAAGUUCUCGAGCUGUUCCAGCCAAAUGAACUGCAAGCCAUGGUCAUUGGCAACACCAACUAUGACUGGACAGAGCUCGAAAAGAGUACUGAAUACAAAGGGGAGUACUGGAAGGACCAUCCCACCAUCAGGCUCUUCUGGGAGGUGUUCCACAGUCUUCCCUUAGAGAAGAAAAAGCAAUUUCUAUUGUUCCUCACAGGAAGUGACCGGAUACCCAUUUUGGGAAUGAAAAACCUGAAGCUAGUGAUCCAGCCCACCAGUGGAGGGGAGCAUUACUUACCUGUGGCCCACACCUGCUUUAACCUGCUGGACCUACCCAAGUACAAGAGUCUGGAAACCCUCUGUGAGAAGCUUCUACAGGCUAUAGAUCACAAUCAAGGCUUUAAUCUGGCCUGAAAAAACCAUGUCCAGACUGUUGACGGCAACCACAUUCCCGAAAGUUUUAUUUUCGCAGUUCUGCUGUAAGAAUUGGACACUGGGUAAGGGAAAGGGAAAGAGGCAGCCACAUGGCACUGAAACUGAGAGUGGUUGUCUAUACUUUCAUAGGUAACCGUGAUUUUGAUUUCCCAGCUUUUUCUAACGCGUCACAGUAUUUGAUGCUCUACUCGUUGAAUCGAUAUUGAAUCGAUAUUGCUCUGGUCGUCAUACUCGUCAUAUUCAAACAAGAAUAUAUAUUCUUGUUUGAAUAUUACGAGUAUGAUGAAGCAAACUGCUGGUAAAUAGAGAACAUGGUAUGCAUACAGCUACAUUAACACCUAUAAAAUGCAGUGGCACUACCUUUAUGAAGCUUUUAAUUUUAUUUUGAGUUGAUUACAUUGUCUCUUCAGGGGGCGAAAACUGGCCUCAAAAUGACCAGAUUUAGAUAAACAACUUUCUGACCAGGUCAAUAAAAAUGGACAUUUGGUAGUAGUUGCUGCAUGGCUACUGCAGUAAAGUAUGUUGUAUUUUACAGGAGGUUAUGAUGUUGUGUCCAUCCCCUGUGUAUUAAAUGUAUGAACCCAGACAAUGUACACCAACUCCCUUUGGUUGACAUUUAAUUGAGAACAGGGUGCACGGUUUGCUUUUAGAUUCUGAGUGAAUUUUCUCGGCUGUCAGCCUUAAACAAAAAUAAAAUACAACCAUUGAAAUAUGUGAAUUAAAAUACUGUCUUCUUAAAGGCAUUUGAAAGUAUAUCCUCCUGGAUUAUUUGUGCCUUUGCGAAUUGCGCCUGCAAGUUAACAUGAUUACUGAUAUUAAAGAGUUUCUGUUGUUCCAUUG